AAACGCCGAACACAAUGGCCGUAUACUAUUUGCGCCUCUAAGGCGUCUGUAAUCGAUUAAAUAUCACAAUCACCCAGCCAAAUUCCAUCAAGAGAUUCGAUCUAUCCUAGACUUUAACAACCCAAAAAUGGCCAACUCACCCAAAAGUCCUCGUACGAUGCGUUCCUUGGCAGCGCCCAAGUACUGCAAGCCGGCCGACUACCAAGUCCUCCAGCUCCGCAUCCCUUCCAUCAAAGGGCCGAAGGAUGUCCUCAUUAAAGUCCACGCCGCCGGUCUCAUGACUGGGGACACGCUAAUAAUAUCCAGAGAGAUGAGGUUUCUAACUGGCAAGCUUCCACCUAGAUUCCCUGUGAAAAUCGGCUCCGAAGCCGCCGGAAUCGUCGUCGCCACGGGCCAAUCCGUCACGGCCUUCAAGCCCGGCGACGCCGUCUACGGCUUGGGUUUGUGUCACCCGAAGGACCUCGGACUCCUCCCGGGUUUCUGCUCCGAGUACUGCAUUGCACAAGAAUCACUUCUCUUAAAUAAGCCUCAAAAUGUCAGUUUCGAAGAAGCGACAGCGCUGCUCGGUUUCACCCUUACGGCAUACCAGUCCAUCAGCUUGGGGGAGCGGAGACUGGCGGAAAAGGGGUUGACGCUUGAGGGGAAGACCGUUUUUGUGCCGGGGGCAUUGAGUGCUACGGGGGCGGUUGGGAUACAGCUCCUCAAAAAUGUCUACAAAGUCAAAACCCUAAUCUCCACCGUCUCAACCCCCAAACUCCCCCUCGUCCCCAAGUACCUGCCCGGCCUAGUCGACCGCCUAAUCGACUACACCACCACCUCCAAUCUUACAACCGCCAUCCCCGCCGGCAGCGUCGACCUAACCUACAACACGCAAUUUUCCACCCUCUUCCCCUCAAUCCCGCUCAUGAACCCCCAACAUGGCGUAAUGGCCUCCAUCUCGAGCGUGCCGGCCCCCUCGCAACUCCGCGUCAUAUUUCCGCCUCUGCCUUUUUGGGUAUAUUGGGUUUCGGCAGUGGUGCAGGGGUAAUAUGGGUGGAAGAUGUGUGGUACUGGGGUUACCUAUGAUUACACGAGUGCGAAUGGGGGAAAUAGAAGGGAUUUGGAGAGGACGGGGGAGAUUAUUGCGAGGGGGGGAGGUGAAGGCGGUGAUGAGGGUUGUGGAGUUGGAUGAUUUGGAGGGUAUAAGGAAGGCUUGUGGAGAGGUUUGGAGUGGAAGGGGUGGGGUGGGAAAGUUGGUCGUUAAGAUUGUGUAGUGAAAUAGUGUUUGUUGUCACUGGUCAGGUGUUAGAUAUCAGACGGGAAGUACUUACGUAAUGUGGAUGAGGUUCUUAGGCGAAUUCGGGAUAAGAGUACUUUACAUAUAGUGUUGAUAAAGGAGCAGAAGAUAUUUAGUCCAGUAACUAAGCCAAGUAAGUAGUGAAAACAAAUGCCACCC